CGAGAGUGCGCGCGUGCGCGCGGACAGAGACAAACACAACACACACACACGUGCAGUGUUACUGCAGCGGAGAACGCACGCAGCGGCUGUGAGAGUGGGGGAGUGUUGUACGGGGAGGAGCGCGCAGAACGCGCACACACACACAGCCCCACUCACUCGCAUGAGUAAGAGGCACGGGGCACUCGCACAGACCCGGAGGAGGAGGAGGCGCGCGCGCGUGCACGCGGAGCCGCAGGAACGGAGUCGCGCGCGGCUUCAAGGGAUGCCGCUUGCACAGUCGCCCGUAUUGCGUACCGUGGACGUUCCAGCGCAACGAUAAUGAUGACGACAAUUACCAUUGUAACAACAACCGGUGUGCCUGUCCGUGCCAGUAUGAUUUCAAAUAUGCAGUUUUCACCAGAUCGUAUCAAUGCGCUCUCGUCUUGCCAAGCCAUUGGACGACAAGAAGACUGAAUUCAGCGCAGCGGAUCGAACGCGAGACGCACGGAGCGUCCGUCCAUCGCACGGACAAAGCGCAAUGCGUGCGUGGAUAAGUGACCACGGCAGACGACCACCACCAGCAACAACAACAACAACAGCAACAGCAACUGAGCUCCGGGCACUGUCAUGAGCUCCUCAAGAGUCCAAGAACCCCAAAGGACGACGAGCCGUCGUGUCGCACCCUCGGGUCUCGCUUCACGUCCUGCCUACGCAGCGCACAAAUGACGGCCGGCCAGCGAACAUGGCCCAACUCUACUACAAGCGCAGCGAGCAAGCCCCCUACCGCGACCGCAUCCCGCUGCGCAUCGUGCGCGCCGAGGCCGAGCUGUCGCCCGCCGAGAAGCUCUACCUGAGCGCCGUCGACAAGGGCGACUACGCCGGCGUCAAGCGCUCCCUCGAGGAGGCCCAGAUCUACUUCAACAUCAACAUCAACUGCACCGACCCGCUGGGCCGCAGCGCGCUGCUCAUCGCCAUCGAGAACGAGAACCUGGAGGUGAUCGAGCUGCUGCUGAGCAGCAACGUGUUCGUGGGCGAUGCGCUGCUCCACGCCAUCCGCAAGGAGGUGGUCGGAGCAGUCGAGCUGCUGCUCAACCACAAGAAGCCCCGGGGUGACAAGCAGGUGCCGCCCGUUCUGCUCGACCGCCAGUUCUCGGAGUUCACGCCCGACAUCACGCCAAUCGUGCUGGCGGCGCACGCCAACAACUACGAGAUCAUCAAGCUGCUGGUGCGGCGCGGUGUCUCCAUCCCGCGGCCGCACCCCGUGCGCUGCUCGUGCGUCGAGUGCGUGUCGAGCUCCGAGGUGGACAGCCUGCGGCACUCGCGCUCCCGCCUCAACAUUUACCGCGCGCUCGCCAGCCCGUCGCUGGUGGCGCUCUCCAGCGAAGACCCCAUCCUCACCGCCUUCCAGCUCAGCUGGGAGCUCAAGGAGCUGAGCAAGGUGGAGAACGAGUUCAAGUCCGAGUACGAGGAGCUGUCGCAGCAGUGCAAGCGCUUCGCCAAGGACCUGCUCGACCAGACGCGCAGCUCAAAGGAGCUCGAGAUCAUCCUCAACCACAACGACGACCCCAAGGCGGUCGUUGACCCCAACAAUCCGUACAACCUCGACCGCCUGCAGCUCGCCAUCAAGUACCACCAGAAGGAGUUCGUCGCUCAGCCCAACUGCCAGCAGCUGCUGGCCACGCUGUGGUACGACGGCUUCCCCGGCUGGAGGCGGCGGCACUGGGCCAUCAAGCUCUUCACCUGCCUCGCCAUCGGCCUACUCUUCCCCGUGCUCUCCCUCUGCUACCUGAUCGUGCCCAAAAGCAGGUUCGGCGUCUUCAUCAAGAAGCCGUUCAUCAAGUUCAUCUGCCACACGGCAUCGUACCUCACCUUCCUGCUGCUCCUGCUGCUGGCCUCUCAGCACAUCGUGCAGACGGACCUGAGCAUGCAGGGUCCGCCGCCGACCAAAGUGGAAUGGAUUGUGCUGCCGUGGAUAGUAGGAUUCAUCUGGGCAGAGAUCAAACAGAUGUGGGACCGUGGACUGAUGCAGUACGUCAACGACUGGUGGAACCUCAUGGACUUCGUCAUGAACUCGCUGUAUCUUGCCACAAUCUCGCUCAAGGUCGUGGCGUACGUCAAGUACAACGGCUCGCGUCCGAGGGACGACUGGGAAAUGUGGCACCCUACGCUCGUGGCCGAGGCCCUCUUCGCCAUCGCCAACAUCUUCAGCUCGCUGCGUCUCAUCUCGCUCUUCACGGCCAACUCGCACCUGGGGCCCCUGCAGAUCUCGCUGGGCCGCAUGCUGCUCGACAUCCUCAAGUUCCUCUUCAUCUACUGCCUCGUGCUGCUCGCCUUCGCCAACGGGCUCAAUCAGCUGUACUUCUACUACGAGACCAGCGCGGACGAUGAGAACAACUGCAAGGGCAUCCGAUGUGAGAAGCAGAAUAACGCCUUCUCCACGCUGUUUGAAACGCUGCAGUCGCUCUUUUGGUCCAUCUUUGGGCUCAUCAACCUGUACGUGACCAACGUGCGUCCACGGCACGAGUUCACCGAGUUUGUGGGCGCCACCAUGUUCGGCACGUACAACGUAAUCUCGCUCGUGGUGCUGCUAAACAUGCUCAUCGCCAUGAUGAACAACUCGUACCAGCUCAUCGCGGUGAGGAGCGGCGAGUCCAGCAUUAUCAGCGACCACGCCGACAUCGAGUGGAAGUUUGCGCGCACCAAGCUGUGGAUGAGCUACUUCGAGGAGGGCGGCACCCUCCCGACCCCGUUCAACAUCAUCCCGAGCCCCAAGUCCGUGUGGUACCUGUGCCAGUGGCUCGGCCGCCGCCUCUGCCCGUGCAGCCUCCUGAGCGCGCGACGGAAGAGACACGAGAGCCUCGGGACGCUGGGAGUGCGGGCCCAAAUGACGCUGAGACGUGCGGCCGACAACUUGAGACGCAACCACCAGUACCAGGAGGUCAUCAAGAACCUGGUGAAGCGCUACGUCGCUGCGAUGAUACGAGAAGCGAGGACGGAGGAGGGUCUGACGGAAGAAAACUUUAAGGAGCUCAAGCAAGACAUCUCGAGCUUCCGCUACGAGGUGCUGGGACUGCUCAAGAAGGGGUCCCGGAAGCGCAUCGCCGACCGCGGCGACGUCCUCAACGCGGCGGACUCCCGCGGCGAUCGCUCGGCGGAGGAGGAGGAGGAGGCCCGUGGCGCCGCGUCGUCGCUCGCCGUGGUGGACGCCACCGCCGCCACCGCCGUCCGGGCGCCCCUGUGCCUCAGCCCCAACGGAGUCCUGAUCUACGACACGGACUCCACCAGCGCCGCGUGCGCACGCCUGGACGAUCGCAGGUCGCUGUCUCGCAAGCGCGUCUUCGCCUGGAGGUCGAAGGUGAAGAGCCGCGGCUGCGGACGCGUCGCGGCGACGACGGCGGCGACGGCGCGAGAGCCGCACGCCUCGCCCUCCGCCGAGGCCGCGGCGGCGGCGGCGCCGUCGCAGCUCAACGGCGCCAUCCGCACCGUGUCCGAGGAGGUGGACAGGCUGCCCGGACGGGGCGGGCGCGACGACGGGCCGGGCGGGGCAUCCCGGGCGCUCGCGGACGCUCAGGACGAGCGGGCGCUCCCUCGCGCCCCGGCGGCUUUCUUGAGCGUGGCGACCGUGACGUCGCGGCCGUGGUCGUCGAGGGGAGGGCGGGUUCCGGCGGGCGGCACCGGCACGGCGCGGGGCGACGGGCGCGAACGGACGAAAGGCGCGUGCGCGCCGUCGCCCCCGUUCGCCUCGGACGCGGAGCUCGCCGACGCUCCGGACGAGUCCUACGACACGUGCGAGGAGGAUGGGGCUCCCAAGCGGCCCGUCCACCGGGACUCGUUUGCGACCACGAGGCUGUGA